AGGAGGGUUAACCACCUCUCCCUCACCCCUCCCCAUGCCUCCUUGGGUCCCUGCAGGCCAGAGCAGAGGCACUCUAGGCACAGCUGGGUGAAGCCCAUCUGGGCAAGCCUUCUCUGGGUACUGCCUUUCCCCAGAGCCCUACAGCAGGCCCCAGCUUCACUUUCAGGCUCCUGUCUGCUUCUCUAACCAGGCUUCUGUUUCCCUUCCUGGGCUGCUGGGAAUCUGGUGAGGGAGAGUCUGUGUCCUGUGAGCCUCACAGAGAUGUUCAGUGCUUGGGAUCGCCGGGAACGGCCCCCAGAGGAAGGAGCAGCUGCAGGGCUCCAGGGCUUCGGAGUGGACAAGACCUUCCUGUCUUCCCUUAAAGGCAUUCUGCUGGAAACUGAGCUGGCCCUGACCUUCAUCAUCUUCAUUUGCUUCACGGCCUCCAUCUCUGCCUACAUGGCUGCAGCGUUGCUAGAGUUCUUCAUCACACUGGCCUUCCUCUUCCUCUACGCCACGCAGUACUACCAGCGCUUGGAUAGGCUCAACUGGCCUUGUCUGGACUUCCUCCGGUGUCUCAGUGCCAUCAUCAUCUUCCUGGUAGUCUCCUUUGCUGCUGUGACCUCGAGGGAAGGAGCCGCCAUUGCUGCUUUUGUUUUUGGCAUCAUCCUGGUCUCCGUCUUUGCCUAUGAUGCAUUCAAGAUCUACCGAACUGAACUGAUGCCCAGUACCACGGAGGGGGACCAGCAGUGAUUCCAGGGUCACCUGGCUCCCACGACCAGACACAAGGAACCGUGGAGCCCAUCUUUGUCAUCUUUGAAUUCACUGAAUCCCAAGUACCCAUCAUCUAUUCCACAGAGAUGUGCACUUGAGAAGUCCCAGGGACCUGUGGGAACUGGUGAAGUUCUGGGGGCUGGGGCAGGUUGCUGUGCCUCCAAAUCACUCCCAAAUUAAAAAAAAAAAAAUCA